UUGCCUGUCGCUUUCUUCCCCAGUGAACUACACUUCCCAUGAUGCACCGGGGCGGGGAGGGAGGGGGAGGCCCCGGCGGAGCGUAAAUCUUCAAAGGCUAACAAAAGAGCAGCCGGCUGACCUGACAGGAGGAGGAGGAGGAGGAGGAGAAAGAAGAAGAAGGGAAGGAGGAAGAAGAAGGAGAAGAAGAAGAAGAAGAAGGGGGGGGGGUCUCGAAGGGAGGGGAGGAGGGGAGCAAAGAGGGGUCUCUGAAAGGGGACACCCCGAAAUCUUGCACCCCAAGAGCCUCCCCUUUGCUCUCCAUCUUCUUUCCAGCUGCAGCGAGGAUGAUGGCCGGAGGAGGAGAAGGCCUGGCGCAGGUAAGGAGCCUCUAAAAAAGGAAUAUCAUCCUCAUUAUCAUCAUGAUCUGGGGGCUCAAAAGAAGCAGACUGGGGUCUUGAUUAUUAGUAUUAGUAUUAUUACUAUUAGGAAGAGGAGAAGGCCUGGCCCAGGUAAGGAGCCUCUAAAAGAGGAAUAUCAUCCUCAUCAUGAUCAUCAUCAUGAUCUGGGGGCUCAAAAGAGGCAGAGUGGGGUUUUGAUUAUUAGUAUUAGUAUUAUUACUAUUAGGAAGAGAAUGCCUGGCCCAGGUAAGGAGCCUCCAAAAGAGGAAUAUCAUCCUCAUCAUGAUCAUCAUCAUGAUCUGGGGGGCUCAAAAGAGGCAGAGUGGGGUCUUGAUUAUUAGUAUUAUUAGUACGGAGGAGGAGGAGGAAGAGGAGGAGAAGGCCUGGCCCAGGUAAGGAGCCUCUAAAAGAGGAAUAUCAUCCUCAUCAUUAUUAUCAUCAUGAUCUGGGGGCUCAAAAGAAGCAGAGUGGGGUCUUGAUUAUUAGUAUUAGUAUUAUUACUAUUAGGAAGAGAAGGCCUGGCCCAGGUAAGGAGCCUCUAAAAGAGGAAUAUCAUCCUCAUUAUCAUCAUGAUCUGGGGGCUCAAAAGAGGCAGAGUGGGGUUUUGAUUAUUAGUAUUAUUAGUACGGAGGAGGAGGAGGAAGAGGAGAAGGCCUGGCCCAGGUUCCGGUGGCCUUUGCGGACGUGGCGGUCUACUUCUCUCCCGCGGAGUGGGCGGAGCUCGCGGAAUGGCAGAAGGAGCUUUACCAGGACGUAAUGGCCGAGAACUUUGAGCUGGUCUGCUCUCUGGAGUGCCUGCUCUCCAUCCCGGAGCUCCUUUCACGGCUGCUGCGGUGGGAGACCCCGUCUGCCCCAGAGACCCCUCAACCCAGAAGAAUAAGUGACUCCCCAAAGGAGGAGGAGGAGGAGGAGGAGCCCCCAGCCACUAUUGUAACGCUGAGCGAGCAGCCGGAUGAAAAUGGGCAGCCAGACUCUCCAAAGUCACCCGAACCCAAGGCCUUGAAGAGGGCCCGCCUUCGCCGUCCCCGAACAGCAGAGAAGGGCCCAGAGAAGAGCCCACCCCUGAGGCUGCCGGCCCAGAAGAGGGAGAAGCCCUACAAGUGCCCCAAGUGCCAGCGCAGCUUCCUGUACCGAGUGGCCCUGAUCGCCCACCGGCGCCUCCACGCGCGGAAGUGGCCCCGGAUUGGGCCCCCGGGCCCGGGGCGGUCCCCCUCCUCCCCCUCCUCUUCCCCGCGGUCACCACCCGAUCCGGCAGUGCCGCAGGAGGGCCACUCGGGGUCCGGCCCCACCAGCCCCUUCCCCCGCUCUCCGGGUGAGGGGGGCCCGCUCCCCUUCUGGCCCGAGAUGUCCUUGCACCAGCAGGGCCCGGCCGGCCACGGCUUCAACCCCUGGGCCCUGGGCUACGGGCCCCAGCCUUUGCCCGGCCACCAGGCCCCAGGGCUCCACAGCAAUGGGGAGUUCAUCUGCGACCAGUGCGGCUGGAGCUUCCACGGCUGGGAGGAGCUGGUCACGCACCAGAUGGCCCACAUGGCGGCCGAGGGCAUCGCGGGGUCCGUGCCCAAGGCGGGGGCGCUGGCCCAACUGGCCACCGACCGGCCCUACUCCUGCAACCUGUGCGGAAAGAGCUUCCGGCACAAGCCCAACUUGCUGGCCCACCGGCAGGUGCACACGGGAGAGCGGCGGUACCAGUGCCAGGAGUGCGGGAAGUCCUUCGGCAGCAAGGCUUACCUGGCCUCCCACCAACACAUCCACACCGGGGAGAAGCCCUACGUCUGCGGCCAGUGCGGCAAGAGCUUCCGCCACAAACCCAAUCUCAUCUCCCACCAGAAGAUCCACAGCCGCGAGCCCCUCUCGGUCCCCCAGCAACACCCGCCAGACGCCUUCAAUGGGGAGGCUGCCUUCCCCGGAGUCCGUCCUGUGCCAGACCCCCUCGGGGCCGAAGCCUUCCAGGCCCAGCAGCAGCGGGUCCUGGCCGCCCACCGGUCCUGUGCUCAGGGGGACUCCCCGCUGCUGCCACCGGUCCUCCCGCUGCCGCCGACCCUCCUGCCCACUCCGCUGCUGCCCCCUCCGCCGGCCGUGGACCGCCCCUUCAUCUGCCCGGUCUGCGCCAAGCCGUUCCGCUGCAAGCCCUACCUGGUGGCCCACAUCCGCAUCCACACGGGGGAGAAGCCCUACGCCUGCAGCCGCUGCCCCAAGCGCUUCUCCCAGAAGUCCAACCUGGUCUCGCACGAGCGGCUCCACACCGGCGAGAAACCCUACGCCUGCCCGCUCUGCCCCCGCGUCUUCAGCCAGGGCUCCAACAUGCGCGCCCACCAGCGCAGCCACCGCAACAUUGUGCCGGCCGAGGUGGCGGAGGGACCCCUGCGGCAGGGCUAUGCGCCGGCAGCGGGAGAAAUAAUUGUGAGGCAGAUCCAGGCCCAGCCCAAUUAGGGAUUCGGUUGGCUCCACCGUCCGGCCGUCCAUCCGCCCACUCGCCUUCCUCUCUACACCGCUGGCUAUUUCCCACAUACCACAAUUGCCAUUUAGCUCUGGGCGGUGCUUAUGCACAGCACCCGUGGCCUUUGUCCCUUCCGUCCUUCCGCAAGACCCCAAAAUCCUCUCAAAAUGGCCUUCGGUGCCCCUGGACCUUUCCGCAAAUCUUGCAGGGGACACAAACGCUCUCUCUCACACUCUCUCCGUAUUAAUUCCGCAGCAUCUCUGGAAUCUUGCUUCGGUGGAUUUAGCAGUGGGGCAGGGAGCUUGGAAGGACUCCCCAGCCGGUCCGGGGUUCAAAACAAAUGAAGCAAGACCCGAACUUGUGCUUUACUGGAGAGGCUGUGGCUUGUACCGCAAGCGAAAGAAGCUCACUCGGGACGUGUUUGAAAGGAUUCGAGACACCGGACAUUACGAUGGGUCCUGAGGCUUGGCUGGAGUCUCCAUGUGAACAGAAACACGUCAUUAGAAGAGGGUGAAAGCUUUUCCUCCACUUGCUUUAUGGGACGAAUGCUUUGGAGGCACAGCCUGGCAUUUCCAGUUUUCUCACCAGACUCGGGAUAUGGCCAGAGGGACCCAGCAUGCAUUGUUCCUUCAAUGACUUGUGGUCAGAAGAGCACAAGAAGGUGCAUCUACACCAAGUGUAUCUACACCAGGUUUGGGCCAACUUGGUCCCUUCAGGUGUUUUGGACUCCAACUCCCAUCAUUCCUCACAGCCUCAGGCCCCUUCCUUUUCCCCCUCGGCCGCUUAAGCGGCCGAGGGGGAAAAGGAAAGGGCCUGAGGCUGUGAGGAAUGGUGGGAGUUGGAGUCCAAAACACCUGGAGAGACCAAGUUGGCCCAUGCCUGAUCUACACUCUAGAAUUAAUGCAGUUUGGCACCACUUAUCCAUUACUUUUAACAUUACAGACAUUGCAGUCAUUGGGUUCUGACCUACAUUGCAUCAUGUUAUUGUUGUAACAUGUAUUUAUUUAUGCCUCUCUUUUCUCUCUGGAUUGAGACCCAAUGCAGAGAGACACAAUAUGUUUCAAUUUUGCCUAAAUGAAACUACUACUACUACUAAUACUUACUUUUAUAUAUCAAAAUAGGUAGGUACAUACAUUUGUUUGUACCUCAAAAGGCGUUGACAUGGUGCGAUGGAUCUAGACCAAACAUGGCACACCUAUCCUUUAUUACCCGCCUUAAAAUAAUGGCAGGGUUUCAACUAAAAAGCCCACUUUCAUUUUGGGGAGAGGGUCCCAAAAAGAAAAAGAAGGUAUGCAGCACUUAGAAGCAACCACAAGAGGGCAAUCUAGAGAUCAAUAGGAUUAGCUCCAGGCCUAUAGGAAUGCAUGUAUGCAAUGCUCAAAUCCUGGCUUCCAAGAAAAGGCCAGAUCUGGUGCCAUUUCGGUGGUUAUUUAUUAUUAUUUACAGUAUUUAUACCCCACCCUUCUCACUCUGAAGGGGACUUAGAGCGACUUAUAGAACACACAACUAGGGCAAACAUUCAGUGCCAGUUACACAAUUAACAAGGACAGACAAUACAAACAGAGGUAAAGGCAAUUUUUCCCCUAUCUUAUUACCGGCAUCUUGGAGGCUCAGCUGUCGCUCCAUCUUCCAUGCCGGGGAGCUUUCCUCUCAAUCAGUGUCCUUACGGGUGCUUUUAUUACCUCCCCGCUAAAAGUGGUAUGUAUUUAUCUACUCACAUUUCUGCUUUCAACCUGCUAGGUGGGCUGGGAGCUGGGGUUGACAAUGGGUGCUAACCCCGACCUGGGCUCAAUCUGCCGACCUUUUGGUUGGCAGGAUUUUCUGCAGCACAAUGGUUUAGCCUGCUGUCCUAAGCCUGGCCCUAUGAACAGGCGCCAUGUGAAGCCAAAAAACCACAGCCCAUAAUAAUAAUAAUAAAUAAAUAAUCACACAGUCCUAGACACUUGGGAAGUGUUCGACUUGUGAUUUUGUGAUAUGAAAUCCAGCAUAUCUAUUUUGUUUGCUGUGUCAUAAUAAAAUAAUAAUAAUAAUAAUUCUAGUCCUACGGUAAGUUCCUGGUUCACGUAUUUGAAGAUUCUUGGUUUAAUUCCUGUUUAUGACUUCUUGUUUUUGAAGUUUUGCACAAGUCGAACACUUGGGAAGUGUUCGACUUGUGAUUUUGUGAUACGAAAUCCAGCAUAUCUAUCCUGUUUGCUGUGUCAUAAUAAAAUAAUAAUAAUUCUAUUUGUUACCGUCUUCUCCUAAUGGCUCAAGGCAGGUAAUAAUAACUUUUUAAAAUAACUACAGUAGAGUCUCACUUAUCCAAGCUAAACGGGCCAGCAGAAGCUUGGAUAAGCGAAUAUCUUGGAUAAUAAGGAGGGAUUAAGGAAAAGCCUAUUAAACAUCAAAUUAGGUUAUGAUUUUACAAAUUAAGCACCAAAACAUCAUGUUAUACGACAAAUUUGACAGAAAAAGCAGAUCAAUAAGCAAUAAUGUUAUGUUGUAAUUACUGUAUUUACGAAUUUAGCACCAAAAUAUCAUGAUGUAUUGAAAACAUUGACUACAAAAUGGCUUGGAUAAUCUAGAAACUUGGAUAAGCGAGGCUUGGAUAAGUGAGACUCUACUGUAUUUGUAUCCCGUCUCAUCUCCCUUCUGGAGACUCGGGACUGUUCACAACAAAAAUGGCAGCCUUUCGAUGCCAAAAGUACAAAAUAAAUAAACCAAAUAAUAUAACACAAAUAAGCAAGGUAAACAAUAACAAAUCAAUAAAACACACUCAAGUAAACAUUUCAUGCAAAUAUUAAAAGCCUUAGUUAAAACAUAUCAAUAUAAAUACAUUAAAAUGUAUUUUAAAAGGGGAGAUGAUGAAACUUCCACUGAGGCUGAGAGAGUGUGACUUGCUGGAGGCAACCAUUUAAGAACGUGUUUAUAAGGAGAGUGUCCGCACUUUUAUCUCAAGUGACUGUUGCAUUGUAGCCCUGGUACACCUUUCCACCCAACACCACACCACGUCCAGAUAAUUCAGUAAAUAAAGGUUUAUUAAUGAAUCAUUAUGAAAAGAAAAAGGCAGGUCAAAAAAGAAGCAUCGAAAGUACAAAAAGUAAUUCCCAACGAGUUCAAGAGUUCAAUAGCUUUUGAACCAAAAGCACCAAAAAGCAAUCCACAGAGACUUGAGUUGGCACCAAGCAAAAAAACAAAAACAAAACUUAAAUGGUAUUGUCCAAAGGUUAUAUCCAUAGACAUGUAAACAGGAACUCAAGAAAGGCAAAACCUCAAAAACAUGAAACAGGAAUUAAACCAAGAAUCUUCAAAUAUGUGAACCAGAAACUUAAUCAAGGACUAGACUAAACUAUAACUGUUUCUCUGUUAUACAACGUCGUUCCCACUAAAAGCCUAAGAAUCCAGAAACCACCUAAAAGGCCUCACUCCCUCCCAUAACAUCACUUCACACACACCUGCGUUUUCUCUCCUUAUCUCUAAGCCUCUGAGAAAAACGAGUUUGUCUCUGUUUUACAUUCUGCCUCCUAAUCUCAAGGCCACUGGAUCUGGAAAAACCUUUGUCUCCCCCAUUCUCCUCCAAAGGCCACUCUGGCCGAUUCUCAUGGGAACUUAUACCACAUUCUCCCGUUGCCUGGAGAUUCCAAAACAUCUCCCUCCCGGGUCCCGGUUCUCUUCCACAGACACCUUGGAAAUUGCAGGUUGCAACCCAUCAGCCCCUUCCUCAUCCUCUGAACACUCAGAAAGCGCAUCCGAUGCUUGCCAGGCUGCAACAGCGACUCAUUCAGGACAAUUUCGUAAUAACUAGCCUUUAAACAGAGGCUGGAUGGCCAUCUGUCAGGAAGGCUUUGAUUGUGCUUUUCCUGCAUGGCAGGGGGUUGGACUAGAUGGCCCAUGGGGUCUCUUCCAACUCUAUGAUUCUAUGAUCUUUCGUAUCCAGUGUUUCCCGGCUGUGCAUUUUCUAAUCCUAUUUAUUAGAAAUAGCCAUAGUUAGCAAUACAUAAGAAAAUGUCCACCUGGGCAACACCGGGUACCUAAGACAGGUGUUACGAAUAAUAAUCAUUUGGUUCCUUUUCUGCACCUCAUCUAUGAUUCCAUAGCAUUGAGCCAUAGCAGCUCAAGUGGCGCCAAACUGCAUUAAUUCGACAGUGUAGACGUACUCUCAGACGUCCUGCACGAUGCACCAGGGAAGGUUUAUUUGCCAUAGACUUUGUUACUUGUGGACGAAUCCCACAUGGACGUGAUUUUAAAAUGGAAUUGCAGCUUUAACUUUUAAAAUGCACACUCCCUGUGAUGGGAGGCACGUUCGCAGCACCUUCGGAUGGUGUUUCGGAGGAAGCGGUCGCAGGUCUCGAGUCCGUCCGCUCCGGCCUCCAGUCCGACUCUCCUACCUCUCCCUCCACUUUCCGACUUCGGGCGCAGCACUGCAUGCAAACGGGGCAAACGGUUUGGUGCACUCCAAGGGUUUGGUGACACGGAUGCAGAUCUGGGAUUGAUUUAGGGAAAAGGAGGCCGCUUCCGUGGUUCCCGAAGAUGAAGAGGUUCCACACUGAAACGCACUCUCCAGCUUCUGGACACUAACGCCUUCACGUUUCCACUUAGGUCAGUUUCCUAACUGUAUACUCUUUUCAAGAAAUAAAGCCGUAGAUGUUAAUUUUGAAACAAAAACGAGCACCGAAGCCAAGUC